GUCUGGAACUACUGUAUGUUUGUCAAAGCUUUGUCUCUCUGCAACUGAAUUUUUCCAAGUAGAAGAGGACAUUCCUUAGAUUACUCGGGUGCUCAAGAUUGUUAUUCUUUAGAGACUACAGUGUAACAAGAUAACAGAGAUGGAGAACAACAGUAGUGAUCUUAUUUUACCCUCUCUGGAUCCUAGUAGGAACAAACCUCGACCAACUCCUAAGAGGUUCAUCAAGAAUCAAAUCCCGGAUUCCAUCACCAAUGAUCCUGCACUUAACGCAGCAAUUUCCCUUCUUCCUUCCAAUUACAGUUUUGAGGUUCACAAAUGCGUUUGGCGCAUACAGACAGCCGGUGCUAAGCGCGUAGCCCUCCAGUUUCCUGAAGGACUCCUCAUGUAUUCUCUUGUUCUCUCUGACAUCUUUAAAAUUUUCUGCAAGCUUGAUGACUGCUUCGUCCUUGGUGAUGUUACCUAUGGUGCUUGUUGUGUUGAUGACUUCUCAGCAACUGCUCUGGGUGCUGACCUCCUCAUCCACUAUGGACACAGUUGCCUCGUUCCCAUUGACACCACCAAAAUUCCUUCUCUCUAUGUCUUUGUUGAAAUCAAGAUCGAUGUGGAGCGUCUCAUUGAUACCAUCAAGCUAAACAUGGAUGGAACAGUAUCAAAAUCAAAAAAGCUUGCCCUGGCCGGUACGAUUCAAUUUUCUACAGCAAUUCGUGCUGCAAAAUCUUCCCUAGAGAGUGCUGGCUUUGAGGUUCUAGUCCCGCAGUCCAAGCCAUUAUCUGGCGGGGAAAUUCUUGGUUGCACCUCUCCAAGUAUUCCUAAAGGGUCUGCCGAUGUGGUUAUAUUUGUAGCCGAUGGAAGAUUCCAUCUUGAAGCCUUUAUGAUUGCAAACCCUGAAAUUAAGGCUUUUCGUUAUGACCCUUACAGUGGGGUUUUGUUCUUGGAGGAGUAUGACCACAAAGGGAUGAAAGAAGUAAGGAAGAAUGCUAUUGCUAAAGCAAGGGGGGCUAAGAGUUGGGGUCUUGUGCUUGGCACAUUGGGACGGCAGGGUAACCCCAGAGUUCUUGAUCGGCUGCAGGAAAAGAUGAGGGAACGAGGUUUUAUUUGGACGGUAGUACUGAUGUCAGAGAUUUCUCCUGCCCGCAUUGCAUUAUUUGGCGAUUCUAUAGAUGCUUGGAUCCAGAUUGCUUGUCCUCGACUAUCUAUAGAUUGGGGGGAAGCUUUCACAAAACCUCUUUUGACUCCAUUUGAGGCUGAAAUUGCUCUUGGGAUCAUUUCCGGUUGGUGGGAGAAAUCGUCAUCGGAUUCUAGUUUGGGUUGUCAAAAGAACAAAUCGUGUUGCAUGAAUAACAACAGAAAGGUAUGUGAAUGUAACAGCAAUGACAAUUGCACAGACUAUCCUAUGGAUUACUAUGCACAAGAUGGAGGCGAAUGGAAUGGCGCUUACUCCAAAAAAUCAAAUCGGCUUCCUCGGAGAAACUCUCAAAUUUGUACCAGUAAUAAUAAUGGAAUAGUUAGUUAAUUGUGACCCUUUGAUGCCUGCCUAGUUACUAUUUAAGAUUUUGUUUUUGCUUUUUGGAAAAGAGAGAGAAGUUUAGAUCAUAGCAUAACCAACCAUGUUUGUCUUAAUAUGUAUCAUUUAUCUCAUGAUUAAUUUAUGAGCUGUGUUCAUGA